AUGUCCACCGUCGCUGGACGCAAAAAGUCCAUCGUCUCCAACGCUGGCUUCCAGAUCGAGACCCCCGUCGCCCACAACACUCUCCUCAACAAAGCAGCCUCGUCCUCCACCUCUCUUUACCAGCAAUGUUCCGCCUUACGCGCCCGCCUCAUGCGCCUUCCCGCUUUUCCUGACUACUUUGCGCUUUCGUCGCCCCCGGACUCGUCGCGUCAGUCGACAGACCCCGUCACCCAGCUAUGGGACUGCUUCGCACUCGGCUUCCCGCUCUGCUACAUAUUCAACCUCCUUCCCCCGCCGAUCAGCCCCAUAGCCGUCGACACCGACCCCAGCUCAGUCGACGUCAACAAUGAGCGCACGAAGAAGCGCGCCAUUGCUUUGUUCGCCAUGCAGAUCAGGCAGGUCCCGGAGUGCGAGCAGUUCACCGUGACGGACUUGUGGGAGAGGCAUAGCAACGACGGCUUUGUCAAGGCCGUCAAGACCGUAACGACGCUCGUAGACCGACUUCCCGAAGAAGUCUUCCUGGAGGCUCCGCCCUCGUCCCCUCCUUCUGUUUUCCCAUCUCACGAAUCAUCCGAAUCCUUAGUGACAUCCGACCCCACUCAUUUUUCUACACCCGCAAACGCACAGGAGGCGGCGCGGAUGAAUAUCAUACGGGAAAUGGUCGAGACCGAGCGCAAAUAUGUGCAGGAUUUGGAAGUAAUGCAGAAUUACUCCAACUCGCUAUCUCAAAGCAAUACCAUAGAUCAAGACACUAUACACCUGCUAUUCCCUAAUCUCAACAAGCUGCUGAACUUCCAGCGGAAAUUCCUCAUCCGGUUUGAAGGCACCGCCGAAAUGUCAUGGAAGGAUCAGCAUUGGGGCGUCCAUUUCAUCGAAUGUGAAGAAGAAUUCGCAGUCUACGAGCCCUACUGCGCGAACUACAAUACCGCACAAGAUAUUAUGUUGGCUGAGGAACAGAACCUUAUGAGCCAUAACCAUCUGAUCAAUGUCAAAUCCGAGUUGCCCGCCUUCCUAAUUAAGCCCGUGCAGCGAAUCUGCAAAUAUCCGCUGUUGCUUGAGUCUCUUAUCAAGGCCUCUCCUGCGAGCGAGUAUCCUCAUUUAGAAGAGCUCAAGCAAGGUUGCGCUGCCGCGAAACGAAUCACGGAUAGGAUCAAUGAAGCGCAGCGCAGGGCUGAGAACAAACAAACGGUGAAGAAUCUCGAAUCCCGCGUCGAAGAUUGGAAAGGUCAUCAUCUCUCCAACUUUGGCGACCUGUUGCUGGACGACAUCUUCGUGGUUACCAAAUCCGACGUCGACAGGGAAUACCAUGUGUUUUUAUUCGAGAAGAUUAUCCUCUGCUGCAAAGAGGCGUCGCAAUCCCAGAUCAACGGAAAGAAGGUCAAUAAGAGCAACUCGCUCUUGAAGAAGCAGCCUAAUGGGUCGACGACGCCCUUGCCGGGUGGCGUCGGACCCCCGAAGAAAAAGAACACUCCCCUUUUGCUGAAGGGUCGCAUUUUCCUGAAUAAUGUGACCCAGGCUGCUCCGAAUACCAAGUCCGGAUACUCUCUUGCGGUGUGGUGGAAGGGAGAAGACGACUUGGAACACUUCACUCUGCGGUGCCGAACAGACGAGCAACUUAAGCAGUGGGAGGCUGCUAUCAACCGUCUCAUCAACGAGGUUGCUGCUAGGAGGGUAUCCGAGCGGAACACAUCCAAAUUCUUGUCUCAGAUGACCAACAGCACCAGUCCAGCACCUCAAUCUCGGCCGCCUCACAUGUCCUACGCCCAUGAGAAGACGUACUCUACGACUUCGCAGACUAGCUACGGCACCUUACCGCCCUACCCGGGACCCAUGAACGGUAGGGUAAACCGCCAGUCAAGUCCUUACAGCAGCGAAGAGCAGAUCAAUGGGGGGUACGUUAAUGUUCAUGGCGGUGGACCUUACGGCUAUCCAGGGCACGAGGGGUUUGACGUAGAUCCCGACGACGAAUACGAAGACUAUCCGCCCGCAGUUAGCCGGCCUCCGUCAGGGCGUGGGACACCCGUCAACGGCCGUAGGUCAAACGUGCCCAGCUCGGUGGAUCGUGACGGGUAUGACGUGAAUGCAACUAUGUCAAGGAUGGCGAGCCCGUCGCUGCCUCACCCGCCACCGAUGCCCGGAUUGCCGCAGGGACCGAUGGCGAACCGACCUCCUACCACGCGCUUGUCUUCCACUGCUAGUGUUGCGAGUCACGCCUCCGACGCUAGCUUUGGUACAGGCGUCAAGCCUAAGCUCCGGAGCCAGUUCAGCUCGUCGAAGCUGAAGGCCGCAUAUGACGCCCCCAACGGUGCUGGUGCCCUUCCCCCGAAUGGUCUACCUUCGAUGCGUACAAGGAGUGCCAGCCAGCCGACGGCAUAUGUACCGAAGCAGGUCCCACCUCCUCUACCGACAUCGACACCCUGGACAGACCAGUCUCGAGCACAGAAUGGGUUCAGCAAGCGAGGGAGUGGCUCCAGUCAGUCGACUGGUGACAGCUCAGACUACUCUCCACAGACGACUUCUCCGAUCACGCCGUACGGAUCGAGUGAUUCUUCGCUAGGAGGUGCUCUUCGACCUUCGCGCUCGCAGAAUUUCGACCAUCUUGCAAACGGGAAGACGCCGGGCCCGCAAGUGAAGGUCAAGGUUCACUUCCAUGAAGACAUCUUUGUUAUCCAAGUCCCGAAGUCUACAGAGUACGUGGAACUUGUCGAGCGAGUAGGAAGGAAGAUCCGCCUCUGCGGUCCUCGGCGAGAUGACGGUCCGUUACGUGUCAAGUACAAGGACGAAGAUGGCGACAUGGUCUCUCUCGGCUCCACGGAGGACGUGCAAAUGGCCUUCGAGUCGUACCGACCUGGCGGCCAGGUGACGCUCUACGUGACAUGA